UUGCCUAGGCCCGUGAAGAAGAGGACACCAAGGACGACCCUCGUGUCACGUGAAAUGAGCUCCUGUUCCGUGUCCAUCUUGAGGGAAAGAAGCCGCUUGUCCCGCCGUCACCUGCGCCGUCGUUAUGAGCCACCGGUCAAACAUGGCAAACCCCGAUGUGAUGUCGGAGCUUGAACGCGAACAGGAGCCAGUGGCAGACGAAAGAAAACAGACAAUCUCUAUCGAACACGGGCUACUCGCGCUAGUACUCUACGCUCUAGGAGCUCUGGCAUUUGGAGCUGGUGUCGCCAUCAUAGCGUUCCAUCAAAGAGGUCAACCGCCUGUGGGUGGUAGUUAUACAGAGGACGACGAAUUCAGGAUUUCUACAGCACGAAAGACAAGUCAGGCUCAUGCAACCCCAUCCUCAGAAGACGACGAGGAGGACCAUGAAAGGCAAACACUAUGUGGCACCGACGACUGCAACUACAUGCGCUGGCUGGUCAGUAUGUCUGUCGACACGACAAAGAAUCCAUGCGAUAAUUUUUUUACCUAUGUCUGCGCCGGUGCUAUGAAGCAUUUUAAAGGGACAUCAAACAUGCUAUUUUACGUGACCCACCAGAAUAGGCGAGCGAUUGAGAUGUGGUUGAAAAAUGCCUCUCCUCCGGCUCAAAGACAAAGCGCCUCUCAGAAAGCAGUCAAGUUGUAUCAAUCGUGUCUCGAAGAUCCACAGUCAAGCAAGCCAGGAAUACAUGAAAUUCUAAGGAAGUUAGGCUUGUCAUUGACACAAGAAUUGAACUUUGAACCGCUUGAUAUGCAAGUGAGGUUUCUGGUUGAAGGAUAUUCGGUGAUAUACAUCAUGACUUUAGCACCAUCACGGAGCCGGAACGACAUCUAUCUCGACGUUCGUGUAUCUCCUCAUUUCGACUCGUUUCGCUCGGUUAAGCCUCGCAGUGCAACGGAACGCAGAAAAAUUUGUCAAAACGUGUUACACUGGGUAUUCGAAGGUUUAAAUCUCGACGACGAGGUUGUAGAUCGUGUUCUACAAGCGGAAGACGAAGUGUACGCCGUCUCCAGCAACCGGACGUACAGUGGCAAGAGUUACAGAUUUGGAAUGUCUAACAUCGAUUACUUUGCCGGCAAAGACCAGGGACUAUGCGAGAGGUGGAGAAAGAGCCUACAAAAAUGGUCAAAGUUGCUUUUCCCCGGAAGAUAUCGAAUUGAAAUGACAUUAUACGAUAUACAUCUCCUCUAUAAUUUAUUUGGCAGCAAAGCAUUGAUCAGCACCGAAGACAUUCGAACAUUUUUUGCAUGGAGAACAACGUGGUACCUUUACAAUGUAUCUGGAGUGACCACGGCAAAUCAGAAGGCCAGUUGGAGAGCCGAGAUAUGCCUAAGAUACGUCUUAUAUUUAUUCAGGAUUGUAGCGCCGAUGAAGACGUUGUUAGAGAAGGUAAACCAGUCAACAGUAGAUAUUGUAGAGCGGAUGACGAAUGAUAUCCUGCUUGGGAUCGAAACGUCUUUCAGGACAUCGAGUUGGCUCGACAAUUCUACGCGGAAGGGGGCCUUAAAAAAGCUAUCGCAGUUACACAAACGUAUAGGUUACCCUUUUGGUGUUUCAUCAGAAAAAGCGGCUGACGCAUAUUUGAGCAAUGUCCCAGACAUGACCGACAGUUACGUUUCGAACGUCAUGAAGAUGGUAGAGCAUCUAACGUCAAGUGCUAUUGACCUGUUGAGGAACAAAGAUGGCCUCAAUGCGUCCGUCGUAGCUCGCUUCACAGCCUCGAUACCGAUCUAUUCUGCAAACGCGGCGUACAACGCGUUAUACAACGUGAUUUAUAUUCCUCCAGGCUUAAUGGUCCGUCCAAUUUUCACUUAUGGAGGAGCACCUGAAUUGAACUACGGCGCGCUGGGCGGGAUACUGACACACGAAAUUAUGCACGGCUUCGACACUACCGGAAAAAAAUACGACGGUACAGGAAAAAGAACAGGCUGGUUUUCUGAAGCGAGUAACCGAGCGUACGCUAACCUGAUUCAGUGUCACAACGUCAGCAUCGAGAACUCUCCAAAGGCAAGACACUUCGCGGAUUACCCGGGCGAGUACCUAGCGGAUACGAUGGGCAGGGGGUCAUUGCUGAAGGUGCACAGGAAAGCUUUAGAAACAUCGCCUGUUCGUCUGGGACAACUGAAGGGAUUGACGAGUGAUCAGCUCUUCUACGUGGCUUGGUGCCUGAUGUGGUGUGGAAAGCCUGUUACGGAGAAGACUCAUCCUCGCUCUGACGAGAGGUGCAAUGUUCCUCUCAUGAGUUCUGAACACUUUGGCGAAGUGUUUAACUGUCCUCCAGAAUCGCCAAUGAAUCCCAAGAAAAAAUGUCCCUUUUGGAGAACGCUUCUCUGAAUGAAGGUCCAAAAACCGUGCACGUUGCUGAGCGUAAAAUGACGAGUUCAAUAAAUGAAACACGUUCUGUCUAUGGAUACUUUUUUUGGGCUGAUAUUGCUUCUCUAAUAAAGUACCUAAAUACCGGCA